AUGAGGAUACGAUUAUUUUUACAAUUCGCUUUCUUUUCUCUUGUUUAUUCAUGGCCAGAUGGAGCUCCAUGUGUACAUGCAGCAUUUGAGAGUAUGAACCCGUUGGAAGCAGUCGAACAUCAAGGAGGAUUACAGUUGAACGAACCUCCUUACGAAAUCGCUGUCGAUCAAUCGUGUUAUUGGGCAAAUCAACCAGUUGGAUUGACAGUUCAAGGCAAAAAUCUCACAAUCAAGUUCAAAGGAUUCGCCGUUCAGCCGUAUGAAUGGAGAAAUGGAAGAACGUUGGGCAGAAUCGGCCAAUUCAUUCGGCUUGAUGACAAUGGAUCUUGGCAACAACAAUGCUUUAGAAGAAAGAAACAUAUCAAACUUUGGUGGAAAAGUGAUGAUGAUUUGAGAACUGUGCAAUUUGUGGCGACCGUCGUUGAGCACAUUCGGAAAUUCUGGGUGAAAUCGGUUAUAUCAGUGCCGAUUCCGCCGUGUCGACAAUCGAGAAGGACCGAGAACUGGUUCGCUCCAAUGCCCACCGCUCCCCCACCAGUGAAAGCUUUCAAACAAGAGACACAUCGAGUAUUCGGUAAAGGCGGUUUUCAAGAUGCUCCUUUCAGGCCAAAUAAGGGACAACAACAGAAUUCUUUUGGACAAGGAACAACCGUUAGUUUCUUUGUCGAAGAGGCGAUAACUCAGCCACCACCACCACCACCAACAACAACAACAACAACACAGCCCACUACGACGACAAGAAGAUCAACAACCGCAGAACCGAUUCGCUUCUUUGUCACCACCACUCGAAAAAUCGUCCCCAAUCGACCGGAGCAACGCUUUGAACUCGUUGAUGGAGAUUCGGAAAGAGAUCGUGAAGAAGUGCUUCAACCGGUGAGACCAAGACCCCGUCUACCCUCCCGGCCACAACGACCUUUCAAGAAUCGCCCAGAAACAAACACUUUCGUUCCCGUCACCCAAGCUCCGACCUUUGAGUCAACGAUCCGGUCGACGAGUCAACGAUUUUUCGUCCCUGAAUCAUUUAUUAGACAACAACAACAGGCUGAAGCUAUUCGGAGAAGAAUCCUUGCUCAACAACAAGAACAAAUUCGGCAACAACUCAUUCAACGACAAUUCCAGCAACAGCUUUCCCAGCAACUGCUUUCUCAGCAACAGCUUUCUCAGCAACAGCUUUCUCAGCAACCGAUCGUCAACAAUGCGGUUGUGUGCGCUGAUUUCGAUUCUCGAUGCCCAGCUUGGAUCGGUCAUUGCCCUUUCAAUUCAUUUGUCACUCAACGUUGCCCACUCUCUUGCGGACUUUGCCGUUUCCGUAUUCAA